UAAUAAGAAAAAAAAACAAAAAUGAUUCCCGUAAUUCCCUAGCCGUCCGAUUCAGAUAAUCGCGUGGAACUUAAAACCGGUCUUAGCCUAAACCGGAGCGUACCAGAUUCCUCUCCUUCUUCCUUCUCUCUCUCUCUCUCUCUCUCUGCUUAAGCCAAAUUAGACAAAAGAUUUGGACGUUUUGUAGUAAUCUAAAAGGUAGCCAAUUUUCCCAUUGGCGUUGUCAGCUAAAGCUUCAAAGCUUGUCCUUCUAAGCUGAUUGGUCAAUCAACCCAUGGCCUUAUGAAGUUCACCUUCCUAAUCCCCAGCUCCAGGUCUCGUUCAUUCUUCUCUUCCCAGCUCCUUGUGGCGGAGGGAAAUUGAGAAUUUAGGGUUUCACGAUUCAUGGUAUUCCCCCAAAAUUGAUCUUAGAGUUUGCUCUGUAAUGGAAUAGCGCCUCGUCUCUCUUGUAAUUGUCGUCUUCUUCUUCUUCUUCGUAAGCCCAUCCCUUAUCAUUUGUAUCUGAGAAUAUUCCAUUCAAUCCCCACGCCUCUUAAUUGCUUUCACGAAUAAUAAAGUUCCCCACCGGGGUAGAGACUUUGUCUACCACAAGUGAAAGAAAGAGCCUUUAGUUGUUUGUUUUAUUGAUGGGUGAGGAGUUAGCUGACACGAUGAACCUAGACUUGAACCUAGGCCCUGGUCCCGAGUCAGAUCUCCACCUUCUGUCUAACGAAACUGUCAACUUGGCUGAUUGGACUAAUAUCACCCCAUCUCAGAGAUCAUCCUCUCAAGCUACUGUGACCAGGAUCAGAACCCGCCAUAGGACGCGUUUCAGACAGCUUAACCUCCCCAUCCCUGUUCUCUCUGAAAACCAUGCCAUGGAUAUAGAGCUUAACCAGUUGAUGGGAACUGGAGCUGCUGCUUUGCAGACUGGGGAAGGUAGUGAAAGAGGCAAUGAGGAUCUGAAAAUGUGCGAGAACGGGGGACAAGCUAUUGGAGACGGAGAGAAGAAAGGGGAUGUUGAGAAGAGCAGUGGCGGCGGUGACGGUAACUUUUUCGAUUGUAAUAUAUGUUUGGAUUUGUCAAAGGAGCCGGUUCUCACCUGUUGUGGCCAUCUCUACUGUUGGCCUUGUCUCUUCCAAUGGUUACAUAUCUCUGACGCAAAGGAAUGUCCUGUUUGCAAAGGAGAGGUGACUGCUAAAACGGUGACACCGAUAUACGGGCGUGGGAACCAUAAGAGAGAAGUUGAGGAGAGUUUAUUAGAUACCAAGAUCCCUAUGAGACCGCAUGCUAAACGCAUCGAGAGUUUGAGGAAUACAAUUCAAAGGUCUCCUUUUACUAUACCGAUGGAGGAGAUGAUUAGACGUAUACAGAGUAGGUUUGAGAGGGACUCAACCCCUGUCCCUGAUUUUAGCAACCGCGAGGCUUCAGAAAGAGUGAACGAUAGAGCCAACUCGAUUCUUAACCGGUUGAUGACUUCUAGGGGAGUUAGAUCAGAGCAGAACCAGGCUAGUGCUGCAGCAGCAGCAGCAGCAGCUGAGGAUAUUAAUCUAAGUCCAGAUAUUGCUGCUCCUGAUCUUGAAGGAGAAACCACCACGAGGUUCCAUCCUCUGUUGAUCAGGAGACAGUUACAGUCACACAGAGUGGCGAGGAUCUCGAAUUUCACUUCUGCAUUGAGUUCUGCCGAGCGGCUUGUGGAUGCGUAUUUUAGAACUCAUCCGUUGGGGAGGAACCACCACAACCACCAAGAGCUAAACCAUCAUUCUCCUGUUGUGGUUGAUGAUAGAGACUCUUUCUCAAGCAUUGCAGCUGUUAUAAACUCUGAGAGUCAGGUGGAUACUGCAGUUGAGAUUGAUUCCAUGGUCACUCUUUCGACAUCUUCUUCGAGGAGAAGGAAUGAGAAUGGGUCGAGGGUUUCUGAUGUAGACAGUGCUGAUUCUCGCCCUCCUAGGAGAAGGAGAUUUACUUGAAACAAAAGCUUUCAAUCUGUUGGAAGAUGAUGAUGAUGAUGAUGAUGAUGAGGAGGAGGAGGGGAGGAAGAAGAUUGUAACUGUAUUUUUCUUGUUGCUUGUUGGUUUGUUGUAUUUUGAUUUGUAAGUUUCUCAAUAGGGAUGGUAUUUUUAAUCAAAAUUUUAUUAUCUUUUCUU